AUGUGGAGGAAGCAGGACACCAAAAGGGUGCUGUACUCAAUCAUUGCCGCAAAUGUGGGCGUGUCGCUCUUGUGGAGAAUACCCGCCCUGCAGGGAUUCAUGCUCAGGAAUGCCGUUCUGCAGCUGCCCCCCCUAAGAACCCGUCCGUGGACAUUCCUGACAUCCAAUUUCAGCCAUGCUGGCACGCUGCACUUGGCCGUCAAUAUGCUGGCGCUCUCCAGCUUUGGCUCUGUUGUUGCAGAGGAUUUUGGCGCAUACCACUUUGCGGCAUUCUACCUGUCGGCCGGUUUGGCCUCUUCAAUGACGGCGUACUUGGCACGCCUGAGGCGUGGCUCCGGUGGACGCAGCCUGGGGGCCUCCGGAGCGGUCUAUGCCUGCUUUGCUGCCACAGCCCUCAUGCAUCCAGAUGCCCAAGGGGCCUUCAUCUUCCUGCCAGGCAUCCCCAUCCGGCUGGGGGACCUGCUCCCACUGCUCAUGUGCUUUGAUGCGGCUGGAGUGUUGCUGGGUUGGAGAUACCUGGAUCACUUUGGCCACCUUGGUGGCGCUCUGUUUGGCAUCUUUUACACAAAGAUGCCAAGCGAUGAUUACUUCCCCUCGUUUGACCUGCGCGAUCUGUCGACUGUGGAGGAAUUGGAGUGGGCCACUGGGGGCCUGGACGUGACUGCCGGCAAAGAGGUGGAGCUCAAUGUGUUCAGCCGCGACAGGCUUGAAGACCUCAAGGCGCAAGUGGCCAGCGUUUCAGCAGUGGAGAGUUGGCCUGAGCGGCUGCAGAAAGGCACUCCGCCCCCUCCCCUGCCCCAGUACAUGCCGCCAUCCGCCAUGGAAGAGUACAUGGCAUCGUCAUUCUUGUGA